AUGAAGCAGGCAUAUGCCGCGAAUGCAGCCUACCGAGAAGCGAAGCAGAGUAUCCGCGAGAGACUCGAUAAAUUUUACGAGUGGACGAGUUCCGUCAUUUGGGACAGCCUGGGACAGCACGAUACGGCGUCGGAUAUUGAUUUGGCCAUGAUGCAGGGCAUCAUCCUGGAGACGGCAAAAUGCUGUAUCAGACGUAGAAAGACAUGA